GCGGAUACCGUUGCCCUCACUCUGCAGUCACCAUCGCUCCUCUGAGAACCUUGACUUGACUGCAACAAACAAAUUGACGACACUGAUGCACCCAUCUCUAUAAUCAACAAUCCCUAUUCCACCACACAUCCUUUUUCUACAACAAACAAUUCACUUGUCACUUUCUCACUACCUCUUCGGUGUCGCGUGAAGACGCUACUACACAACCCUUUUUCUGUUCCAUUCGGUUCCAUUUCACCGACAACACAAUGGAGACGGUGGGUUCUACUAGGAUGGGUCGAGCUUCCUCUCGCUACGGUGCACCCGCUGUGUUCAGUGGUCCUGUUAGGAAAUGGGAGAAGAAAUGGGUCCAUGUUUCUCCUUCUUCCUUUAACAACAACAACAACAACAAAAAUAGUAAUGGUUCGUCGCGUUUGCUUCUCCGUCGUUGGACUCCGGUUGCUAACCGUUCUUCCGCUGAGGAUGCCCGUGAUGUUUCUGAUGAGCCACCCAGAAGGAAGUUUCGUUAUACUCCGAUUGCAGUGCUUGAAGAACAACAGAAAAAGGGAGCUGUGGAAAAGGUUGAAAAUGAACCCAUAAUCGAGAGUGACCAAUUGACAGCUAGCCAGACAAUUGUGAACCGUGAGGUGCACAGGAAGCUGAAUAUGAAUGAAAUUUCAGAGGACUCAAAGGAUUCAAACAUGAGUAAGGUGGAUCUUGGUUUGGACUUCCAAGGAAACAAUGCUGAAAGUGGCCAGAACAGUGAUGAUCCAGUGGGUGGUCCAUAAACUAAGAAUCUUGGAAUUAUAAUAUCCCUUGGGUUGGAAUCCUAUAUUCACAUAGAUAUGUAGUUAGGAUUUUGUAUAUAGUAAGUACUUGGUUCUUAUCUAGUGCUCUAUAUAAGCAUCAGCAACUAGUGUAGAUCAGCAUAGUUGCAUUAUGUGUUAUGAAUGAUUUGAGGCUGUUUGGUACCUGAAGUGUAGACAAAUAGUAGUAUGUGUAAAUAUUUUACCACUCUUGGGCAUGUUUUA